GAAUUUUGGUAAAAAUUUUUAAAUUACUUGAAGAAAUCAAAUUUGAAGUAAUUGCAUCAAGAAAGGAACAGCAAGAAAUUAAAGUAAAACUAGAUACUUUAGUAAUACAAAAUGACAAUAGUAGUAUAAACAAGUUUAGUCGUUUAGUUCCGAUAUCUUCUUUAGAGUCUUUUGAUGAAAUUGAUCAGUGUUUGACAAAUUCUGAGGAAGACUUUAUAUCUUUGAUAAAAUAUCUCAAUCUUGCUUCUGGAGAAACGGUGAAAGAAUUAGUGCCAUCAGUAAUGAAGUUGCUUAUGAAGAAGGCUGUUUCAAUACAAUUUAGUGGUUGUGGUAAACAAAAAAAGCGUGAUUUUUCUGCAACUAAGGUUGCUGCUGCAGUAUUUGCAAUGCAAGCAGUGAUUGAUACGGAAGUAAACAAGAUGUUGGAGGAGGGCGUAAUCGAACCAUCCAGGAGUGUAUGGAGCUUGUGGAUCACCAGUGGUGAUCAUCAAAGAAAAGAAUCGGGUACUGGCAAGUCCCACUGUCACCGAAAGCCGAGCAAUAACAGCGUUUACAGUACUAGGCCGAAGGCUCAUGCAAUUUCGCCUUUCGGUCUACACUCGGCUCCCGCCACUUUCCAACGACUGCUGGAUACAAUUUUAGGACCGGAUUUUGAACCUUACGUGCUGGUAUACCUGGACGACAUUAUUGUAACCAGCAAAACGUUUGAUCAGCAUCUGGUACUACUGAAAGAAGUAUUUCGGCGUCUUCGAAAACCAAAGCUGAAACCAAACCCAGAUAAAUGCCGGUUCGGUCGGGGACGGCUAAAAUACCUAGGACAUGUGAUCGACCAACAAAAAAUACACACUGACCCAGAAAAGAUUGAGGCAAUCACGGAAUGGCCGACACCGACAAAUCUCCGGAAACACUGGGAAGAUGAUCAGGAACGAGACUUCCAGAAAUUAAACGAAAUAUUAACAACGGCACCGGUACUGGCAUGUCCAGACUACUCAAGGCCAUUCAUUCUUCAAACGGACGCCAGCACACACGGCCUUGGUGCAGUGAUCACUCAGAAUUCAAAAGAGAGCAAACAAGUAAUAUCAUACGCAAGCCGAACCCUGAAUGGCGCCGAGAAAAACUACAGCGCGACCGAACUAGAAUGCCUCGCUGUCGUCUNGGGCAUACGGCGUAUGAGAAUGUACCUCGAAGGGUACAAAUUUGUAGUCAUAACAGACCAUCAAUCGCUGAAGUGGUUACAGCGGCUGGAGGAACCGACCGAACGACUGGCAAGAUGGCUGUUUAAACAGCAACAGUACACUUUCGAGGCACGUAUUGCACAGUCUCGAUUUCCGCAAGACCGAGCCAAACGAGCAGUGGAAACGAUGUGUUCCGAAGGGGAAAUGAAAGAAAUCAUGUCUCAAUUCCACGACGAGCCAACCGCGGGACAUCUCGGUGUAACAAAAACAAUAGUACGAAUAGCACAAAUUUAUUACUGGCCAGGCAUGUUCCAAGACAUAAUGAAAUAUGUCCGGACAUGCGAGAACUGUCUACGUCAUAAAAUCCCACCGACAAAACCGGCCGGAAAACUUUACACAGAACCUGUCGAUGCUCCACGGCAGCAGGUAACCGUCGAUCUCAUCGGCCCCCUACCAAGGUCGACUCAGGGGUGUAUCUGGCUGUUUGUGAUGCAAGACAGGUUCACCACGUGGGUGGAGUUGAAACCGCUCCGCAAAGCCACAGGAUCCGCCGUAACAACGGCGCUUUACGAGCAAGUCGUGCUACGGCAUGGCUGCCCGGAAGAAAUAAUAUCUGACAACGGCACAUAA